UCUAAACCUGUCAUUAAAAGUAAAACUUGAAGGCAAGCAUCGUAUUCAUUUCAAAUGAACCAAAGUCGAUUGCCUUAUAACUGUAUACAUAAUUAUUUGCAUCAAAUACGGCUCAUGGAAAAUAUCACGGCGCUUGCCGUGACGCACGUUGAUACUGCACAACGAUUAUUUCAAUACGUACUCCUGCCGGCCCUUAGUUGAGUAGCUCGAUUAAGUAUAUGAGUACGUCGUAUAAAUAUCAAAAUAUAUUACUAUUUUUGAACACAAAAAAUCCAGACACAAUAUUGUUAAUAUUUUACUAUUCUCAACAACAACAACAAAUACAAUAAUAACAUUUUGUUAUCACCCUUAUUUUAAACAGCGUAAGAUUUUUUUUAAAUUGUUAACAAAUCUUACUAUGGAAUACUGUAUUUUUUUUCCUUUUUUGUACUUCGCCCUUGGUUUGAGUAUAUCAAAUAACCGUUUAUUUGGCUGUUGUAAAAUACAAGAACUGAUAAAGAGCGUCAAUACCGAAAUCAUGAACCAAUAAAUUGAGUUUUCACACAAAAAUGUAACAUUUUUGGUUUGAGGAUCCAGCAUUCCAUGUUAUUGAUGUGAAUAACGAAAGAGCAGUGGUGUGUAAAUGGAAUGAGCUGCUUAAGUUCUAGAUACGGUGUAGGCACAAGUGCUUCAAGCUUAUGACACAAACAAGGUAACAGGUUCUGUGUCGAUCCAACAGCAAAAAAAAAAAGGAACAAAUACAGCUUGCGGGUUUAAGCAAAGAAACACCAUGCCACCCUGGUGCAAGAAAUGGGUGUUCUUUGGUGUUUUUAUUGCCCUGAGCGUAACUCCUGCAAAUGCACAAACGUAUAUUGGGUUUGACUUGUCUGAUGUUCCGGUGCCUGAAAGUACAGGGACCGCUACUCUCGGCCUUACACGGUCUGGGGACGUAUCUGGGGAGUCGCUAGUCACCGCCACUGUCACGCCGCUGACGGCCACUGCAGGUACCGACUACAAUUCCCCAGUGGCUACAAACAUCACCUUUAGUGCUAACGAGACAAGUUAUAACUUUACUAUCAACAUCAACGAUGACGUUAUUGUUGAGAACACAGAGUCGUUCUUCGUCCAGUUGACUACAACAGACGGGAAUAUUAAUAUCACUCAACCAAAUAUAACCGUCUCAAUCACAGACAACGACAAAGCAACUUUCAGCUUUGCGUCCUCAUCGUAUUCAGUUGAGGAAGAUACGGGUUAUGUUACAGUGAACAUCACAAAGACUGGGACCUCUGACAUUUCUCUUGAUGUGAAGUAAGUAGAAUAGAAUUGGUUUGUGUGAUUGAUUGAACUCUGCGGAAAGUAUUGGCCAUCAAAAUAUUUUCUUUGCACUUCUUCUUUUCUGAAUCUUUUACCUUUAGUAGCCUUUUGAAUGGUAGUCAAUAACCAUUCAUUUGCUCUUUGUCUCAGGCUAAGCACAAACAAUGGCACAGCAUUCUCUCCCGUCGACUAUACUGCGA